GACCGUGCAGGGCUUAGGGACCCUGGACUGGUAGUUAUUCUGAAUCUCGAGAGUGCGAACGUGGGGCUCGUUUCUGGCAUCAUGGCGCAAAGGGCCUUCCCGAAUCCUUAUGCCGAUUAUAACAAAUCCCUGGCCGAAGGCUACUUUGAUUCUGCUGGGAGGCUGACUACUGAGUUCUCACAACGCCUGAACAAUAAGAUUCGAGAGCUUCUUCAGCGAAUGGAGAGAGGCCUAAAGUCAGCAGACCCUCGGGAUAGCACUGUUUACACUGGCUGGGCAGGUAUUGCUGUGCUUUACUUACACCUCUAUGAUGUGUUUGGGGACCCUACCUACCUACAGAUGGCACAUGGCUAUGUAAAGCAAAGUCUGAACUGUUUGACCAAGCAUUCCAUCACCUUCCUUUGUGGGGAUGGGGGUCCCCUGGCAGUGGCUGCUGUGGUGCAUCACAAGAUGAACAAUGAGAAGCGGGCAGAAGACUGCAUCACCCGGCUAAUUCACCUACAUAAGAUUGAUCCCCACGCUCCAAAUGAAAUGCUCUAUGGACGAAUGGGCUACAUCUGUGCUCUUCUCUUUGUGAACAAGAACUUUGGAGUGGAAAAGAUUCCUCAAAGCCAUAUUCAGCAGAUUUGUGAAACAGUCUUAACCUCUGGAGAAGACCUAGCUAGAAAGAGAAACUUCACAGCAAAGACUCCACUGUUGUAUGAAUGGUACCAAGAAUAUUACGUGGGGGCCGCUCAUGGCCUGGCAGGAAUUUAUUACUACCUGAUGCAGCCCAGCCUUCAGGUGAGCCAUGGGAAGUUACAUAGUUUGGUCAAGCCCAGUGUAGACUAUGUCUGCCAGCUGAAAUUCCCUUCCGGCAAUUACCCUCCUUGUGUGGACGAUGCUCGGGAUCUGCUGGUCCACUGGUGCCACGGUUCUCCUGGGGUCAUCUACAUGCUCAUUCAGGCCUAUAAGGUGUUCAAAGAGGAACGGUAUCUCAAUGAUGCCUAUCAGUGUGCUGAUGUGAUCUGGCAGUAUGGCUUGCUGAAGAAGGGGUACGGGCUGUGCCACGGCGCUGCAGGGAAUGCCUACGCCUUCCUGUCACUGUACAACCUCACGCAGGAUGCGAAGUACCUGUACAGGGCCUGUAAGUUUGCUGAAUGGUGCUUGGAUUAUGGAGAACACGGAUGCAGAACACCAGACACCCCCUUCUCCCUCUUUGAAGGAAUGGCUGGAACGAUUUAUUUCUUGGCUGACCUCCUAGUGCCCACGAAAGCCAGGUUUCCUGCAUUUGAACUGUAAGAGCAAAGUCCCCCCAGUGCAACUCACUGCAUGAGCCUUUCUGUGUAUCAUACCUGGGCUAAAGCAACAAUAGAGUCAAACUGUGUACCUGAUUUAGCUGAUUUUUUUUUCAGAAUAUGUCUUUAAUUCAGUUCCUUUUUAUUAUUUACUUUUAUUUUAAAAUACCCAGGGAAAUAUAAAUUAACUUCAGUUUAUCCUAAAGGGAGGACAGGUGAUAUGUACAGUAUUUUGAGGGCAUAUAUGCAUAUAUUUCAGAACUUGGAGGCAGUCGUAUUCUUACUAAAGUUUAUGAAUAUAACCAUCUGUUACAGUUCUAAAAAUGUUUAAAAAAAACUAAAUGUAGAUAAAUACAUGCUUAUAGCUGGAUAUUGACCUCCACCUCUUCUCUUUAGUAUUUUUUUAUGACAGUUUUAUGACUUUACUUUUCUCUAAGUGGUUGAUUAUGAAAGGGGACAAAAAUAUAACUAUAUGAUUCCAGGACAGAAAUUGCAAGAGUUGCCAACUGGGCUAGGGACCUAAACACCCUUUUUCAAAUUCACAAUGCUUAUUUAAACUAGAGAUAAACAUACUUUCAAAUUUGCCUCUUUUUGUUAGUAGAGCAUCCAGGCUCUAUAAUCCAACAUCUUUAUCGAAAACUUCUGAAAUAUGAUAGUUGUUAUAUGAAAAUUCUGAUUUGAAAGUUAUUUCAAGAUAAGCUAACAGGGCCUCCCUGGUGGCGCAAGUGGUUGAGAGUCCGCCUGCCGAUGCAGGGGAUACGGGUUCGUGCCCCGGUCUGGGAGGAUCCCAUAUGCCGCGGAGCGGCUGGGCCCGUGGGCCAUGGCCGCUGAGCCUGCGCGUCCGGAGCCUGCGCG